GAUAGUUUUUGAAUUGUAGAACUUCGGUGUUCUUUCUGCCAAACUACAAUACUAACAUCAAGGGGCUGUGACCACCGGUUCCAAGCGGCCGCAACCUUUCAAUCGCCGGUCCGGAAAGAUCUGAAUGGCGGAUGAUGAUGAUUUGCUUAGGAGCUCUUCUACGGAUCGAGGCUCAGAAGCUCAAUUGUUCGACAGAGAUCGACACAUAAUGUAUCUGCAGAUGAAUUACGAGAUAUUGCCAUCAGGAUAUGAGGGUCAAGAGAUCAAUCGUCUUACACUUGCUUACUUUAUCAUAUCCGGUCUCCACAUCCUCCAUGCACUAGAUCAUGUCGAUAAAGAAGCUGUUAUCAAUUGGGUUUUGUCGUUACAAGCUCAUCCUAAGAAUGAAGCCGAACUAAACAACGGACAAUUCUAUGGAUUUCAUGGUUCUAGAAGUUCUCAGUUUCAUUCUCUUGAUAAUGAGGUUUCAGUUCCCAAUAACAGUCAUUUGGCAAGCACAUACUGUGCAUUAGCCAUACUGAAGACAGUUGGCUAUGACUUUUCACUUAUCAACUCUACUUCAAUUUUGAAGUCAAUGAAAUGUCUUCAACAAUCUGAUGGGAGUUUCAUGCCCAUUCAUACAGGGGCAGAAAAGGAUUUAAGGUUUGUAUAUUGUGCUGCUGUUAUUUCAUCUCUGUUGGAUGAUUGGAGUGGCAUGGAUAAAGAGAAAGCCAAGAAUUAUAUAUUGAGUUGUCAGUCAUAUGAUGGUGGGUUUGGACUAAUCCCUGGCCAAGAGUCUCAUGGUGGUGCAACUUACUGUGCUGUUGCAUCUCUUCGGUUAAUGGGAUUCAUUGAAGACAACCUAAUUUCGCAAUCCACAUCCUCUUGCAUCAUAGAUCUUCCAUUGCUUCUAGAUUGGUGCUUACAGAGGCAAGCACUUGAUGGAGGGUUUCAAGGAAGACCUAAUAAAACCAGUGACACGUGUUAUGCUUUUUGGAUUGGUGGAGUUCUAAGGAUAUUAGGCGCUAACAAAUUUGUUGACGAAAAAACCCUUCGUGAAUUUUUGCUCACAUGUCAAUCCAAGUAUGGUGGAUUCAGCAAGUUUCCUGGACAAUUUCCGGAUCUUUACCAUUCAUAUUAUGGAUUUACAGCAUUUAGCAUGUUACAAGAGACUGAUCUCAACUCUCUGAGUGUAGAAUUUGGUAUAAGUAUGAUCUAGUUUCAGGCACUUUUUCAGUGUCAUUGUGUGUUAUUUAUUGUGUAAUGUUUUAUUGUUAUUAUUAUCUUAAUCAUGGGAAUUAUUUAAAGCGACACUGUUGUAAUGAUUUGUUUGUACCACAUGCAUGAGAAGUUGGACGUUGUACUACAUUUGAACAUCACAAUUUACAACACAAAAGACAAAUGAUUGGAC